AUGGAGAUUCAGAAGGCUCCACUAGAGGGCGGUACUUGGGACAAAGAUAUCCGGAGAGUGGGACAGCUGACCCCCAUGCUGACCGGCAGCACACCCAGAGUGGGGGGCAUCACCAUGCAGCAUGUCGUGACGGCGUGUGAGCCCACCUCCAUGUCUGAAGCCGUGGUGAUGGAGCCCUCCCAGGCAGGGGGCUUCCUGGAGUCGCCCUGCGGCGCCCAACACAGCGCUGCCUCCUUAGAUGACGGCACCGUGGACACAGCAAAUGAGUCCUCAGAGGAAGAGUCCACUGGGGAGAAGGAAGAGGCGAUUGUCACUCUGGAUGCAGUCACCAUCAGCACCAAGGCGACGGAGGUCCCCGCUGAGCACAGCGCCAACACACAGCAUGUGAAAGCCAAGCGUCCAGACUCCCUGUCGGUGCCGGCGGCGGAGCCUCGUCUGUGGACGUCGCAGCGCGACGCGGAGGUGAAGCUCCGGAUCGGGGACUCCGGCGUGGCCGCCGAGACCCCUUUGACUGUGAACCAGAUGUUCACCUCAGUUGUGGAGCGCUUCGGCGACUGCACGGCCUUGAGCUGGAAGGAGGGCGAGCAGCAAAAAAGCCUCAACUAUAAAGAUUACUACCAGAGCUGCCGCACCGCCGCCAAGAGCUUCUUAAAGCUGGGCUUGCAGCGUUACCACGGCGUCGGGAUUCUGGGCUUCAACUCAGCCGAGUGGUUCAUCGCAGACAUCGGAGCAAUUUUGGCAGGUGGGUUCGCCGUGGGCAUCUACACCACCAACUCUCCUGAGGCCUGCCAGUACGUAGCAGAGAACAGCAAGGCUAAUGUCAUCGUGGUGGAGAACCACAAACAGCUGCAGAAAAUCCUUCAGAUUGAAGACAAGCUUCCUCACUUGAAAGCCAUCAUCCAGUACAAAGAUGCACUGAAAGAGAAGAGACCAAAUCUAUACUCUUGGGCCGAGUUCAUGGCGCUCGGGAGGGACGAGCCCGACGCGCCUCUGGACGCAGUCAUCUCCAGCCAGAAGCCCAAUCAAUGCUGCACGCUCAUCUACACCUCAGGAACCACAGGACAGCCCAAAGGAGUCAUGCUGAGCCACGACAACAUAACGUGGACGGCGCUCUCCACCGGCAUACACGUGCACCUGACGGAGGCCCGGGAGGUGGUGGUCAGCUACCUGCCGCUCAGCCACAUCGCUGCCCAGAUGAUGGACAUCUGGGUCACCAUGCGGGUCGGAGGAGCCACCCACUUCGCCCAGCCAGACGCCCUCAAGGGCUCGCUGGUGAACACCUUGAAGGAAGUGCGCCCCACGGCCUUCAUGGGCGUCCCACGUGUGUGGGAGAAGAUGCAGGAGAAGAUGAAAUCCGUGGGGGCCAAGUCCUCCACCGUACGCAGGAAGGUGGCCGCCUGGGCCAAAGACCUGGUCUUCAAAAAGGUGCGCAAGGCCCUGGGCCUGGACCGCUGCAGCAAGUGCUACACGGGCGCCGCCCCCAUCACCAAAGACACGCUGGAGUUCUUCCUCAGCCUGGACAUUCCCCUGUACGAGCUCUACGGCAUGAGCGAGAGCACAGGGCCGCACACCAUCUCCCGCCCCGAAGCCUUCAAGCUCACCAGCUGCGGUAAAGAGAUCCCCGGGUGCAAGACGAAGCUGCACACCACCGAUGAGGAGGGGAACGGCGAGAUCUGCUUCUGGGGACGCCACGUCUUCAUGGGCUACCUCAACAUGCCCGACAAGACCGAGGAAGCCCUGGACGCAGAGGGCUGGCUCCACUCAGGGGACCUGGGCAAGCACGACAAGAACGGCUUCCUCUUCAUCACCGGGAGGAUUAAAGAGCUCAUCAUCACCGCAGGAGGGGAGAACAUCCCCCCCGUCCCCAUCGAGGACGCAGUGAAAGAGGCCCUGCCGCUCGUCAGCAACGCCAUGCUGAUCGGAGACAAGAAGAAGUUUCUGUCCAUGCUGCUCACCAUUAAGUGCCAGACGAACGCGGAGACGGGCGACCCGGAGGACGAGCUGACGGCGGAAGGCCAGGAGCUGUGCAGGAAGCUGGGCAGCAACGCCACGCGCGUCUCCCAGGUCGCCGGCGGCCGCGACCGCGCCGUCCACGCCGCCAUCCAGGAGGGAAUCAACCAGGUCAACGAGAGGGCCACGUCCAACGCCCAGCGCAUCCAGAAGUGGCAGGUCCUGGAGCGGGACUUCUCCAUCGGGGGAGGAGAGCUGGGUGAGUGGGAGAGAAAGAGCAGGGAGGAAAAAAAAGCCUCCAUCACAUGGCUCUGA